GAGUCCCACUGGGCCCCAGCUCCCCCUCUGGCUGCAGACACAGGACAAGACCACGGCAUAUCUGGAAUCAAGGAUCGUCAUCUUCUCCCGACUGCUGGAUCUCACUGGCUGCCCUGUGGCCUGGUGACCGGCUGGUCUGGCAGGGAACUGCAUAGGACCCACAGGAGCCAACAGUCCAGGGGCUCAGCAGGAAGUAAGCUCUCUGCGUGAGUUGCUGCAAGACCGUGAAGGGAAGGAAGUGAGCACAGAGACCUUUGUAUGGAAGCAGCCGCUCUUCUCAGAGGACAGCGAGGCUCAUGAGAUCGGCACAAAACGCCUCGAAGUGAAGCUGGCUCCUGGUCCCCCGAUAGAGGGAAACUGAGGGACAGAGACGUGGGGCAGUGAUUCUGCAAAUCUUUAGCACUUGUUCAAAGAGGACGCUGACCAAGAAAGUUCGUGGGUGUGAACUGUGAGGACAUCACUGUGAGACCUCAUGGACAUUACCACCUGGACCUCCAACUUCACAGAGCAGACAGAUUUCAUCCUGGUGGGACUCUUCCGUCAAUCCAAACACCCUGCUCUGCUUUGCCUGCUCAUCCUUGUGAUUUUCCUGAUGGCCUUGUCCGGAAAUGCACUCCUGAUCCUUCUUAUUUGCUCUGACUCCCGCCUCCACACCCCCAUGUACUUUUUCAUCAGCCAGUUGUCCCUCAUGGACAUGAUGUACAUUUCCACCACGGUGCCCAAGAUGCUCAUGGACCAGGUCCUGGGUGAGAACAAGAUCUCAGCCCCUGAGUGUGGGCUGCAGAUGUUCCUCUACUUGACACUGGUUGGUUCAGAGUUUUUUCUUCUGGCAUCCAUGGCCUACGACCGCUACAUGGCCAUCUGCCAUCCCCUGCACUACCCCAUCCUGAUGAACCACAGAGCAUGUCUCCUCCUGGCAUCUGGCUGCUGGUUCCUGGGGUCGGUGGAUGGCUUCAUGCUGACUCCUGUGACCAUGACCUUCCCCUUCUGUGGAUCCCGGGAGAUCCAUCACUUCUUCUGUGAAGUCCCUGCUGUGACAAAGCUGUCCUGCUCAGAUACCUUGCUCUAUGAGACACUCAUGUACCUGUGCUGUGUCCUCAUGAUCCUCAUCACUGUAACAGUCAUCUCAAGCUCCUACACCUUCAUCCUCCUCACUGUUCUCAGGAUGAACUCAGCAGAGGGCCGGAAGAAGGCGCUGGCCACCUGCUCCUCCCACAUGACUGUGGUCCUUCUCUUCUACGGUGCUGCUGUCUACACCUACAUGCUCCCCAGCUCCUACCACACCCCUGAGAAGGACAUGGUGGUGUCUGUGUUUUACACAAUACUCACCCCUGUGUUAAACCCCUUAAUCUAUAGUCUCAGGAACAGGGAUGUCACAGAAGCUCUAAAGAAAAUGUAUAGUGUGAGACCUGCCUUUCAAGACUUGGUAAAAUAGGCACCGUGAGUAAUCAUGGGUUCUUUUCUUUCUCUCUGCAUAUCAGACAUUCAGAGUCUUAUAUGAAUUGUGUUUCUCAGACUCACAUGAGGGCUUAUCCUCCACUCACCCCUUUUUUGGGAAUUCUUUUCUAUACUGGAAAAAUCUCCAUCUGUGCCCUGUUUUUCCAUUCAAAUACUUAUACGACAGGAUUGUUUUGAUGUUUUAUUUUCUGUAGCUGAUGAUUGGUCCUUAAUUAUGUAGAAUAUUCAUAGUUAGGAAUGGUCAUAAGGUUUUCAACAGAUAAGGGACAGAAAGAAGUAAUAA